AUGGGCAACCACUCAUAUUUCGAAGCGUUCCAUAUCUUGGCAUUUUCAGACACAUCAGUAAAUCAUCUUCUGAUGUUCUUUGUUUUCUUUGUGAUCUACUCGACUACAGUUGUGGGCAAUGUAAUAAUAAUCAGCUUGGUGUUGGCGGAUUCUCGCUUACAUACCCCCAUGUACAUUCUACUCAGCAACCUUUCCUCUUUGGAUGUUGGUUUCACCACAGUCACUAUCCCCAAACUGAUGGACAUUUUAUUAACCGGAUAUCACUCUAUCUCAUACAGAAGCUGCCUCACCCAGCUGUACUUUUUUGUUUUCUUUGGAAGCACGGAAGCAUUGAUACUGUCCUCCAUGGCGUAUGAUCGCUACGUUGCAAUCUGCCACCCCCUGCAGUACCAUGCAAUUAUGAGCGGGAAGAAAUACGCCCUGAUUGUUGGAGGCCCAUGGAUAAUGGGGAGUGUGAACUCAUUCUUUCUUACUUCAAUGGCCUCAAAGUUAUCAUUCUGUGGUGCACGCAAUAUUGAUGAGUUCUACUGCAAUUUUAAAGCUUUGUCCAAAAUCUCCUGCAAUAGCUCUGGGUUUCAAACAAUAAUAUACAUAGAUACAUUUAUAGUUAUUCUAUUCCAACUCAUGCUGAUCUUCAUAUCCUACAUUAAAAUAAUUACAGUGACCUUGGGCAUCAGAUCAUCUGGCGCCAGAAUGAAAUUCUUCUCCACCUGUUCCUCCCACCUCACCACUCUGAUUAUUUUCUAUGGGUCGGUGCUAUGUAUGUACGCCAGGCCGCCUUCGCAACACGCAGAUGACUUGGACAACGUCUUUUCUGUUCUGCACACAGCAAUAACACCCAUGUUGAACCCUCUUGUCUAUAGUCUGAGAAAUAACGAUGUAAAGAGUGCUUUGGAAAAAAUAAAGGAAAAAUUAAAAUGGUUAUGA